UAAUYACUCGUCAGGCACACGCUCGUUUACAUCAUUCAAAGUUUGUAUUGUUUCGCGUUACAGGAAGACUGAGAUAAGGUUUAUUUGGUUUUUGGACGAUAAAUAACGGGAAUUAUCGUCAUGUUUGGGAACGGUUUUCGUCAGUUUGAAGAGGACCCGUUUUUYAGGGAUCAUCAUGAGAGGAUGAGACAGACAUUUGGUAUGUUUAACGGUUUUGAUCGACCCUUUGUUCCCUUCAUGGAUCCAUUUGCCCUGCCAAGGCCRCAAGAAAGUGACAGAGAUAGAAACAGGGCGACUGACAAUAGACACGAUCAAAGAGGUGGCAGGGAUUGCAGUAGAGACAGAAUGGAUCUAGCUCCAAGGGAUAUGUUUGGGGGAAUGUUUUCAAACAUUCCCAGUAUGUUUCAAAACAUGGAACAACAGUUUGAAAGAGCAGCCAACGACCCAAACAGUUACUCAUAUUCCCAGUCCUCUGUGAUGAGCUAUUCCAGUGAUGGCAGAGGAGAGCCUAAGUACUUCCAGGCUCACAAAGCCACAAAGAAGGCUCCUGGUGGGAUCAAAGAAACCCAACAUGCUGUGAGGGACUCUGAGACAGGGGUUAAUAGAAUGGCCAUUGGACAUCACAUUGGUGACAGGGGCAGAGUAAUAGAACGCUCACUAAAUAGAAGGACUGGGGAAGAAGAGAGAAAGCAAGACUUCAUUAACAUGGAUGAAGAGGAUGUGCGAAAAUUUAACCAAGAAUGGGAACAACGAACAAAACCUAGAACACACGYACUGGGCAAUAGGCAGAGAGAACGACCAAGACACAGAGCUAUUGAAGAGUCAAGUCAGAGAAGACUUGAGCACCGCCGGGACAGAGUGGAAAGAGAAAGAGAAAGAGAAAAGCACCAUGAUAAAGAUGACAACACAAGGAGGGUCCAUGUACGAAGCCGCCCAGUCAACAGACACGCCCCAAGAAGUGGCCUGGACUAAAAACUUGGUUACUCAUAAAAAAAAUAUUUAUGUGUCCAAAGUCUUCUUCUGUUUUGAGAAACACUGGUAGAUUUGGCUUAAAUUAUUCAGUUAAUCUGGUACUGUUUUCUAGUUCCAGCAAAUAGCAAUAGUAAUAUAUAAUGGAUGAUUGAUGAUUUUUUUUCAAUAACUCAAUAGAUCUUUUUCGCUUGGGCACAAUGUUUUCCUUUUUUGGACCACAUGUCAUUACCAGCAGCAUCAUUUCUUUGUUUAAUGUUUGUGCAUGAAAAAACACAUGAUGGAUACAACUCAAACAAAGAAUCUUAUUCUCACGGGAAAAUAACACUUGGUUUGAAAUCRAAAAACAUUACGCCCAAGGUAAAAAGGUCUACAUACUAUAGACUAUUUUUCUCUUGUAAAAUGAAUGCAUUUAAACAGACUGCCAUCCAACAUGGAUGCCUUCAUUAUGAGAAAUGUGUCAGUCGUGAAAAACAUAUAAAACAACACUUUAUUCAUUGUUUGUUGGUUAUAUUAUAUUAGUUUUUCGAGAUAUAUUUUUUGUAUUAUUAUUUUGAUGUACGGCUGCGGGCGGUUCUAAUUGGAUUUUGAACUGAUGUAAGUUAUUUUGAUCUAAAUUUCAUGGUAUUUCCACUGGUGUUGCACAUAAUUCAUCAUAAGAUCGAUUCCACUGAGAGUUGUUUUAGUUACUUUUGCUGUCAUCUUAUUAAUUUUUAUAGACAAACACCUGUGCUUAAAGUUCUUUGAAGUAGCAGCAUUACAAGGGCAACAAUAAAAAGUGGUGUAACACCAAAACAAAAUCCCGAGAACAUCUAAGUUGAACCGCAUUCCAAAGUGAAUGAUUGACUUGUAUGUGUGAGUGAUUACAGCAUGUUAUUAAACUGCAGGAACUUGGAUGACAUGA